CGUAUUGCAGCGCUAGCUUUACAAAGCCCCGACAUAUGUGAUCAAUUUCCGUAAUUGAGAGCACGCCACUUGCAUUCAGACUUGCGCUAGACGUCGAAACAACCUCAUCUUUAUCUUACAAACUGUUUUAUAAUAGCUUCAGAGUUACGCGCGCACGGAACAUAGAGAGUAUAAAUGAAACGUAGGGCAGCUCGAAUGCCAACCACAAUACAACCUUCCUGAAGAUCCAAUCAACAUGACUGUCGAAGUUCUCGCUCCCCACGAUGUCCAGACUACCCUCAACUUCUACAAGCCUAUAAACGACGAGCUGCCAUACAACUAUAUCGGGGAGCCCCCUGUGGGAGUUCCCAGGUCAAACGUUGGCGCAGAUGUCCAACAAGUUGUAAUCCAUGAUAUCCGCGGCAAGGAAGACACUAUCGGACUCGAUAAGACGGGCUUCCAGUUCGUUACUCACAAGAGCGUAGAAAAGGACUUUGUCGAUGAAGAAGCGAUCCAGACAAAAUACUAUGCGGAGGUGGAAGACAUUUUGAAGAAGCAUACGGGGGCGAAGAGGGUGUUUAUAUUUGAUCAUACCAUCAGGCGGAGCCCAGUAGACGGCGUAAUCCUAGCGAAGGAUGCUCCUGGCCCUGUGGAACGUGUCCACGUCGACCAAACCUACGCCGCUGGCAUCGCUCGUGUGCAUCAUCAUCUCGGCGACGAUGCUGAACGCUUGCUCAAAGGUCGUGUUCGCAUAAUUAAUGUCUGGAGGCCCAUUGCCAAUCCCGUCGCGCACAAACCACUUGCUGUCGCAGAUUACCGUACGCUUGAUCCUCAGGACUUGGUCUCCACUAGGCAUAUCUAUCCGGACCGCGAGGGCUCGACGUUCAGCGUGCGUUAUAAUCCAACGCAGCGCUGGUACUUCCUCGCGGACCAGACCCCUGAUGAGGUUACACUCAUCAAGUGCUACGAUUCGGACGAGGAUAAGGCGCGCCUCACGCCUCAUUCAGCGUUCCUUGACGUGACCAGUCCCAAGGACGCGCCGGGUAGGCAGUCCAUUGAGGUUCGCGCGUUGGUGUUUGAAUAUGAAUAGAGAAUACGAGAAUCACCGCCUCUAGUGUACAUGUAUUCAUUCUGUUGUAUUCAUAGUAUGAGCUGCAUCGAUUAUCAAUGUCACAAAUGUUUGUGAAGUGGAUA